AUGAUCCCCGAUAACACGUCUGGGACACUGAGUGAUGAAAACAUAUGUUAUGGAGCUCUGUGCGAUGCUAAGGCCCAGGUUAGCUCAGAAGCAAAGCUGAACAUCCGGGCACUGCCAUGGACACUCUUCUACACUUUCAAGAUCAUUCUGCGCGGAGAGAUCUACUGGUUGGCGGAGUUGGAUGAUAUCUCCACGGAUGGUUUUGCUGUGGUUGACCUCAACACUAUGGCUUAUCUGCAGUCGCUUCGGCAGUUUCCGCAACUGUCUUUCACCGCUAUUGUUUCUUCAUCGGUGCUCAGCAGUCUUUCCCGCAUGAGUGCCCGCCAGAAACUGGUGCUAGACAUGACAGUCAACAUUAUCGGUCCGCCGGAACUCGCAGACGAGGUGGGCGAGGCUGUUGCAAAAGCUUCCGGAUAUCUCCAACACCCCGUCUUCUUGGACCCUGGUACCCCUUACGUGAACCCUCAUUACUUUUACUCAAAGGAUGAGGAUCUGGAUCUUCGGCACUUCAUCGGCCAACAACAGGAAACACUGGGCAUCACGCACAUCGUCGAAGGCAUUGAGGAUGCCUUGGCAUCACUUGAUGCCGCCUUCACACCCCAGGGUUCUCGAAUGGACGAGGAAGCUCCCACCCUGAUUCAACAGCACCUGAAGAGCACCACACUCAAAAGUCACCAAAUAGUUGGCCUCGAGUACAUCCGGAACCGAGAAGACCCUGACUUGUGCCACCCUCGGAACUCCGACCUCCUGUGCCUUAUAAGCCCGCGUUAUCUAUCCAAUCCUCGAAUACUUCAGUGUGGUGGAAUCAUUGCAGACGUCAUGGGUCUCGGGAAGACCCUGACCAUGUUGAGUGCGAUAGUGUGCUCGAAGCAGGAGACGACACCAGUUGAGAGCUUGGACGGUAUGAAAUGCGAAAGUCUCCGGUUGACGAAAGCAACAUUGGUUGUCCUGCCCUCAACGCGUAAGAAUUUGCAUCUUUUCCCUCUCAUUGCCAAAAAAAAAAAAAAAAAAAAAAAAGAUCAUGUUGUUUACCUGACACGCCUUAGCCGGUUCCUAGCUGGUGCUUUGGACGUUUAUGACUUCCACGGCCGCAGCCGCGCCUCUACAAGAGACGCCCUGCUACGACAUGACAUCGUUCUAACCACGUACCACACUCUUGCUGCUGACUGGAAAGGUCGUCGGAUCUUACAAGAUAUUGGAUGGCUCAGGGUUGUGCUGGAUGAGGCACACUGGAUUCGAAACCAAUCCACCCAGUUUUUCAAGGCCGCUGCUGGACUCCAGACUAAUAGGAGGUGGUGCUUGACCGGAACGCCGAUUCAGAACAGUCUAGAGGACUUACGAUCGCUCCUCAAGUUCCUCCACUUCGACCCAUUCUCGGAGGCAAAGUUCUUUGACGAGCACAUCGUGGCACCACUUCGGUCCCAGGCGGACGAUUCUUUCCGUAACCUCAAAGCGCUUCUUCGAACCUUCUGCCUGCGCAGAGGAACCGACUACCUUCAAUUACCGCCAUGGAGAACGGAUCCUGUCUCCGUUGCCCUAAGCUCAGAGGAGACACAGGCAUACCAACUGAUCCUCGACAACUGCGUGGCCGAGUUCGACAGAAUAACCAGCGGGAAGUCAGACAGCAAGAAAAAGUACUCGGUUCUGUUCACCACCAUCAUGAAGCUGCGCAGGCUUUGCAACCACGGCACCAUAGCACUUCCUGCAGAUGCAUGUCGCUCCCUCACUCCCUCUGGCAAGAGACGCAAACUGAAGAAGGCGCCGUCCACGGGUAUCGAAGACUCCUUCUGCGAGUUCUGCAGCAGCGUUGAGGAAGAUGCAUCCGCCUCCCUGACUGGUCUCGAUACCUGCCCUGAAUGCUAUCGGUGUUUGGUUGAGUCGACAAAUCUGUCAUCCGGAUCUUCAUCCAGGGCCUUGAGAGCUACGAAUUCUCCAAGUGACACAUCCAUGUCACCAUCUCCCUCAGUCAAUACCCCUCUUAGCCCGCUAUCUCCGUCUGGGCUUCAUAGCGGCCAUUCUUCCAAGCUCCUUGCUGUGGCAGACAACAUCUGCAUGUCGCUCUUAGACACUGAUUCGAAGAGUUUAACAUUAACCAACGCCGAUCGAGUCCAUAUAGUCGAGCCGCAAUGGAAUCCAUCGGCCGAAGAGCAGGCCAUCGGAAGAGCUCUCCGAAUGGGACAGACGCGGCCAGUGACCAUCUUCAAGUACGUCACGGAGAAGACCCUUGAGAAGAAUAUUGUCGACUUGCAGCAGAAGAAGAGCCGCCUCGCCAGAUUCUCCUUGGACCCUACCGCGGAUGACAAAGCAGUGGGCAACCUGGACGAUCUGAAAUUUGUUCUCGACCCAACGAUGUGCUGA